UUUUUUUUUUAUCCAUCUCCAUUUAGCCCUUAGGCUAAUCUCCUCAAUCCCAUCAUUUUUCUCUCUGCACAAACAAACCCAACAUUCCAUUCAACAUACACAACAAUAGAUCCACCAUUGGGAUCGAGAAAAAUAAAGAAAGGUAUUGAUUGUUGUUUCUCUAGCUAAGCUUAUCGUCGAGGAUUGAUGUGACUCAAUCCUCGAGGGAGCUAGGCAGAGAAAUCAAAUGAGAAAUAAUAAAGAAAUGACGUCGUUAGGAAAUCAUGACGGUAUUCAACCUGCCCUCACGAGGCGAGCCUCCCGCAGUGCCACCACCACCUUCUCGAUGGAGGUGUUCGACAAUGAGGUUGUGCCUUCUUCUCUCCAAUCAAUCGCUCCCAUUCUUCGGGUCGCCACUGAAAUUCAGAACGAACGUCCACGUGUUGCCUACCUAUGUCGGUUUUAUGCUUUUGAAAAGGCACACAGAUUGGAUCCUAAUUCUAGUGGACGUGGUGUGCGCCAAUUCAAAACCAGCCUCCAUCAAAGACUUGAAAGGGAAAAUGCAUCAACUCUAGCGUCUCGGGUGAAGAAGACGGAUGCUCGCGAAAUCGAAAGCUUUUACAAACAAUACUACGAGCACUAUGUGGUGGCGCUCAACAAGGGGGAACAAGCUGAUAGAGCACAGCUGGGGAAAGCUUACCAGACAGCUGGUGUGUUGUUUGAAGUGCUUUGUGCUGUUAAUAAGACCGAAAAAGUCGAGGAAGUUGCCCCUGAGAUCAUGGCUGCAGCUAACGAUGUCCAGGCGAAGAAGGAAAUAUAUGCUCCGUACAAUAUUCUUCCCAUGGAUUCUGCUGGGGCAAAACAGUCAAUUAUGCAGCUGGAAGAGGUGAAAGCGGCCGUGGCUGCUCUACAAAACACCCGUGGCUUGACAUGGCCAUCCUCAUUUGAGCAGCAAAGACACAAAGCUGGUGAGCUGGACCUCCUUGAUUGGCUGAGAGCCAUGUUUGGGUUUCAGGCACGUCUUAGAGACAAUGUGAGCAACCAAAGGGAGCAUUUAAUACUACUGCUCGCGAAUAUUCACAUACGGCUAAUCCCCAAGCCUGAACCACAAAACAUUCUCGACAAUCGAGCUGUUGAUGCACUCAUGAAUAAGCUUUUCAAGAACUACAAGACAUGGUGUAAAUACUUGGGAAGAAAACACAGCUUAAGACUCCCAAAGGGUCAGCCAGAUGUGCAGCAGAGAAAGAUACUUUAUAUGGGUCUUUAUCUUCUUAUAUGGGGUGAAGCAGCUAAUGUCCGCUUCAUGCCUGAAUGCAUAUGCUACAUUUUCCACAAUAUGGCAUAUGAGCUCCAUGGACUCUUAGCUGGAAAUGUUAGCAUUGUCACAGGAGAAAACAUCAAGCCUUCCUAUGGAGGGGAUGAUGAAGCCUUCUUGCGGAAAGUCAUAACACCUAUUUAUCAAGUGAUUGAAAAGGAAUCCAAGAAAAGUAAAAACGGGAUAGCCCCUCACACUGCUUGGUGCAACUAUGAUGAUUUAAAUGAGUACUUCUGGUCAACAGAUUGCUUCCAUUUGGGUUGGCCAAUGCGUGAUGAUGGUGAGUUUUUCAAAUCAACACGAACUGUGACGCAGGGGAAAGGUGGUUCGAGAAAACCUGCCGGCAAGCUGGGCAAAUCAUUCUUCGUAGAAACUAGGACGUUCUGGCACAUUUUUCGGAGUUUUGAUCGUCUGUGGACAUUUCUUAUUCUUGCACUACAGAUCAUGAUUAUCAUCGCAUGGAGUAGAGUUUCUGUAUUUGAUCUCUUCCAGAGGAAAACCUUAUAUGACUUGUCUAGCAUUUUUAUCACGUCAGCCUUUCUUCGUCUCCUUCAGAGCAUUUUGGACAUUAUUCUAAACUUCCCGGGCUUCCUUAGGUGGAAAUUCACUACAGUUUUGAGGAGCGUCCUCAAGAUAAUUGUCAGCCUAGCUUGGUCUAUCAUCCUCCCUAUGUGUUAUUUGGUCCAGAUCAAGUCAUCUUCAUUUUCACAAAUCAAAGAAGUGCUCUCUUUCCUUGAUAGACUUAAGGGUGUGCCGCCUUUGUACAUAAUGGCGGUGGCUAUAUACCUGCUACCGAAUUUGUUGGCUGCAGUCUUGUUUGUUUUCCCGAUGCUCAGACGCUGGAUUGAGAAUUCCGACUGGCAUAUCAUUAGGUUUCUACUGUGGUGGUCACAGCCAAGAAUCUACGUGGGAAGGGGAAUGCAUGAAAGUCAAUUUUCACUUAUAAGAUAUACUUUAUUCUGGGUGUUGCUUUUGUGUUCCAAAUUUGCAUUCAGCUAUUUUAUGAUGAUAAAACCUCUGGUCAAACCCACUCAGGACAUAAUGAACAUUCACCAUGUUGAUUAUGCUUGGCACGAAUUCUUUCCUAACGCUAGGAACAACUAUGGAGCUGUUGUUGCACUGUGGGCACCAGUUAUUAUGGUUUACUUCUUGGACCUUCAGAUUUGGUAUUCUGUAUUCUCUACCUUGUAUGGAGGCUUUAUAGGUGCUUUUGAUCGUCUCGGUGAGAUCCGAACUCUUGCAAUGUUAAGGUCUCGUUUCCAGUCAUUACCGGCUGCAUUCAACACUAGCCUGGUGCCUUCUGACAAAUCCAGAAGAAGAGGGUUUUUCCAUUCGAAAAACAAUAAGGUCAAUGCAAAUAGGAGAAGUGAGGCUGCUAGGGAGAUGGAUCUGCUUCUUGUUCCUUACUCGUGUGAUCCUAGCCUGAAAAUAAUUCAGUGGCCCCCUUUUCUGCUUGCCAGCAAGAUUCCAAUAGCACUAGAUAUGGCUGUUCAAUUCCGGUCGAAGGAUGCUGACCUCUGGAAGCGAAUACGUGCUGAUGAGUAUAUGAAGUGUGCUGUAACUGAAUGCUAUGAGUCAUUUAAACAUGUUCUGAAUGCCUUGAUAGUCCGAGAGACGGAGAAAAGGGUCAUUGGAACCAUCAUCAAAGAAAUAGAAAGCAACAUGUCAAAGGGCACUCUACUUGCAAAUUUCAGAAUGAAGCACUUACCUGGUCUUUUCAAGAAAUUUGUGGAGCUUGUGGAGAUAUUGAAAGAGAGUGAUCCAUCCAAGAAAGAUAGAGUUGUUUUACUGAUGCAAGAUAUGUUAGAAGUAGUUACCCGUGACAUGAUGGUGAAUGAGACCCGUGAACUUGCCGAGCUUGGUCAAGUUGGAAAUCAACUUUUUGCUAGCAUUAACUUCCCUCCCCCAAAUACCGCACAAUGGGAAGAACAAAUACGACGCCUCUAUUUGCUUCUUACUGUUAAAGAAUCCGCAGUUGAUGUCCCAACAAACCUCGAAGCACGUAGAAGGAUAGCAUUCUUCUCCAAUUCACUCUUUAUGGAUAUGCCACGUGCACCUCGGGUUCGCAAAAUGUUGUCAUUCAGUGUAAUGACCCCAUACUACAGCGAGGAGACUGUCUACUCCAAAAGUGACCUUGAAAUGGAAAAUGAAGAUGGCGUGUCUAUCCUAUAUUACCUUCAAAAGAUAUUCCCCGAUGAAUGGAACAAUUUCAUGGAGCGUCUAAACUGCAAGGAAUCUGAAAUUUGGGAAAAUGAAGAAAACAUACUACAACUACGCCACUGGGCAUCCUUGAGAGGACAGACCCUUUGCAGAACAGUCAGAGGCAUGAUGUAUUACCGAAGGGCCUUGAAACUUCAGGCUUUUCUUGAUAUGGCUACAGAAGAUGAGAUACUUGAAGGAUACAAAACCAUUACAGAACCAUCAGCAGAAGAUAAGAAGAGUCAGAGAUCCAUGUAUACUCAAUUAGAGGCCGUGGCUGACAUGAAAUUCACAUAUGUCGCCACCUGUCAAAACUAUGGGAACCAGAAACGAAGUGGAGAUCGUCGUGCGACAGACAUUUUAAAUCUUAUGGUUAACAAUCCAUCUCUUCGCGUUGCAUAUAUUGAUGAAGUUGAGGAAAGGGAAGGUGGGAAAAACCAAAAGGUGUAUUACUCUGUAUUGGUAAAAGCUGUUGACAAUCUUGAUCAGGAAAUAUACCGUAUAAAAUUGCCCGGGUCCGCAAAGAUAGGAGAAGGGAAACCUGAAAAUCAAAACCAUGCUAUUAUCUUCACGCGUGGGGAGGCUCUUCAGACCAUUGACAUGAAUCAGGACAACUAUUUGGAGGAAGCUUUUAAGAUGCGCAACCUACUUGAGGAAUUUAACGAGGAUCAUGGGGUGCGUCCACCUACAAUCCUAGGUGUUCGUGAGCAUAUUUUCACUGGAAGUGUGUCAUCAUUGGCUUGGUUUAUGUCAAAUCAAGAAACAAGUUUUGUCACCAUUGGCCAGAGAGUUCUUUCAAGACCUCUGAAGGUGAGAUUCCAUUAUGGACAUCCGGACGUUUUUGACAGAAUUUUCCAUAUGACACGUGGUGGCAUCAGCAAAGCUUCACGAGGAAUCAAUCUUAGUGAGGAUAUUUUCGCUGGUGAGAUCAUCUUAUUGACUAACCCUUGUUUAACCAAAGAAAGUUUAGGGUACGAGUCAGUUCCUAAAUCUCAGUUUUACCACCCGAAUGAAGGUUUUAAUACAACUCUGAGACGUGGAAAUGUUACUCAUCACGAAUAUAUUCAAGUCGGGAAGGGACGUGACGUGGGUCUGAAUCAGAUCUCACUUUUUGAGGCCAAAGUUGCAUGUGGUAACGGAGAACAGACACUGAGCCGUGAUAUCUACAGAUUGGGGCACCGUUUCGACUUCUUCCGCAUGCUAUCGUGUUACUAUACAACCAUAGGGUUCUACGUCAGCUCAAUGGAGAGCAUCGUCCACUUUGCCAAGUCCAAGGGAGACGAUGCUCUAAGCGUGGUGAUGGCCUCACAGUCGAUCGUCCAGCUCGGCUUCCUCAUGGCCCUCCCAAUGGUAAUGGAGAUCGGCCUCGAGAGAGGCUUCCGCACGGCGGCCAGCGACAUCAUCAUCAUGCAGCUCCAGCUAGCCUCCGUUUUCUUCACCUUCUCCCUCGGCACCAAGCUCCACUACUUCGGCCGCACCAUCCUCCAUGGCGGGGCCAAGUAUCGGGCCACGGGCCGCGGCUUUGUCGUGAGGCACGAGAAGUUUGCCGAGAACUACAGGAUGUACUCGAGGAGCCACUUCACAAAGGCACUCGAGCUCAUGGUCUUGCUCGUGGUGUACCAGGCGUACGGCUCGGCUGGCGACACCACAGCUUAUGUGUUUGUGACAUUCUCGAUGUGGUUCCUCGUGGUCUCGUGGCUUUUUGCGCCCUUUCUGUUUAACCCGUCUGGCUUCGAGUGGCAGAAGAUAGUGGAUGACUUUGAGGACUGGGCCAAGUGGAUGAGCAGCCAGGGGGGAAUUGGUGUGCCAGCGACCAAGAGCUGGGAGUCUUGGUGGGCCGAGGAGCAAGAGCAUCUUCAGUGCACAGGAUUGCUCGGGAGGUUUUUGGAGAUUCUUCUCUCUCUUAGGUUCUUCGUGUACCAGUAUGGGAUCGUUUAUCAGCUGCGUGCAGCACAGAAUGACAAGAGCAUUAUGGUUUAUGGUUUGUCUUGGCUGGUCAUUGUUGCUGUGGUAGUCAUUUUGAAGAUUGUGUCCAUGGGGAGGCAAAAGUUGGGUGCUGACUUCCAGCUGCUUUUCCGGCUUCUGAAGCUAUUCCUUUUCAUCUCCUUCAUUGUCAUACUAUUCGUCUCCAUAAAGUUCCUGGAGCUCACUAUAGCACAAGCUUGCAGGCCCAUAGCGAAGGGAUUGGGAGCAUGGGGAUCUGUGAAAGCACUGGCAAGAGGUUAUGAGUACAUAAUGGGUUUGAUCAUAUUUGCUCCAGUUGCUAUUUUGGCCUGGUUCCCAUUUGUGUCUGAGUUCCAGACGAGGCUGCUUUUCAACCAGGCCUUCAGCAGGGGUUUGCAGAUUCAGCGUAUUCUGUCUGGUGGAAAGAAAAACAAGUGAGACUCCCUCAGAUAUUUUGUGUGGUAGACACAUUAUCAAACAGCAAAAAGUCAUUUAUAGUACUGUGUCCAUUUUUUGAGGUGAGCAAAUGUGGCCUGCCACUGCCCUUCUGUAGCUGGCUAGUGUGAUGGAUGGUUCACUGUAUAUAUGUCGUGCACUGUCAGUUCUGAAAAAUUGUUACAUAAAACUAUCCUUAUUCAAAUUAUUACUAAUUAUAUUAUUGUGGGUACUACCUUUCUGCUAUUGCACUUUGC